GAAACGCUCUAGAUGCGCUUGGCUGUGGCAUGGCUGCUUGCAAGCAAGACCUGCCUUGCGGUGCAAACAGGCUCCUUCCUGGAGCUGCAGAGCCUUUGGACAAAACCGGCGUGGAGCCAGCAGGAUGGCGGCACCGUUUGCGCGCCCGUGGGCCUGGCGGACCUCUUGCGGCUCCAGGCGCUAGUCGGGGAGGUGGCGCAGCUGCUGCGGCUGGCCAAAGCGCGGUGGCUGCUGAGCCACGGCUCGCUGCUGGGCGCCUGGCUGCACCACGGCCCUGUGCCCUGGGACGAGGAGGCCGACAUCCUGCUCUUCGCCGAGGACUUCCAGCGGCUGCUGGCGGUUUUGGGCGCGGAAGAUUGGCUCGCCCAGUCCCGGCGGGUGUCGACGCCGGGAAGCAGCUUCCAAAUCUACGAGGGCACGCCAGUGGGUGCCCUCCGUUACGACGUGCACGAGCACAGGGACCAGGUGGGGCUCUGGUUGGCUACGGCAGUGACCUUCCGGUUGCACAGCGGCGCGCGGGACGACCCGGUGCAGCUGGACGCAUUCUUGGCCAAGGCCAACGGCAGCCACGCCUGGACAGAUAGCGCGGUACUGCCGCUACCCCUGCUGCUGCCGCCUAGGCGCCUGCGCUUCUUCGAUUGGCUGCUGCCGGCGCCGCAGGCCGCCGACUCUUUGGGGCGAGUUUCAAGAAAGGCGCCGCGGCGAGUGCUGGAGCUCUGGUACGGCCCCAAGUUCGCCGCGCGCCGGAAGUGCGCUCUGAGAGGACGAAGCAGUUCGCCAGUGGCUGAGGUGCCUGCAUCGCUUGUGGCGGCCAGCUACCCCUUGAUACACAACGAGGAGCUGGACGACGGGAAGGUGCGGUGCCGGGCGCGUUGGAACCGCACCACGCUCUGGACGCUGGACUUGGACGCGGAAGGCCAUAUCCUAAGAGCCGAAGGCUUGAGGUCGGGCGAGGUCGUUGCGCGGCUGUGGCGACUGGGCCGCGGGCCGCUGCAAGCGCCAGUGGACACCCCAGGGGCCUUCCCAGAGGAGGUGCCGAACAUGUGGGACUGAGG